AAACUGAAGAUAGCCCAAAAUCGACCCUUAUACGCCCCCGUCCUUUAUCGAGAUUUUAAUCUUCGUAGUUAUGAAUAUUCAGGUUUAUUUCGUGGUAUUAAUCAAAUAAAUAUUGAUGGAACAUAUGGAGAAUUAAUAUGGAAUAAUGAAUGGAUAUCAUAUCUUGAUACAAUGUUACAAGUACAUCUUAUAACAUCUCAAGGUUUACAAUUACCAACACGUAUUGAUUCAUUACGUAUUGAUCCUAAAUAUCAUUUAGAAUCCAUAUCAUCAUUAACAUCAACAUGUUCAGUUUAUGUUGAUUAUUGGAAUAGUCUUUGUUUUUCAGGUGGAAUUGAAUUAUUUGGUUUACAUUGUACAGCUACAUCAAAGAAACAUAAACAACAAAAUACAAUACUUGAAUCAUAUUUGUUUGUACCAUUUGAUAAUAUAAAUAUUACUGAUGAACUUGAGGGUAAUGAUUUUGAAAUAUGGUAUAAUAACACUUUUCAACAUAAUCAUCAAAAUUCUGAUCAGGAACUUGAUUUUCAUCAUACAACAGAUACUUCUGCACAAUGUUUAUGUUCAUAUCAUUCAUUAACAAGUUCAACUAAUAAAAAUCAAUGGUCUCUUAAAAAUGCUAUCGAAUAUACAUUUCAAGAAAAUUUUAAUUAUUCCAAUUUGCAUCCUUAUCAAUGUCUAGCAAUAACAAAACUUGCAAUUAUUAUUUUUGAAAAAUGGGAUUAUACAAAAACUCAAGAUUAUAUCAAAAAUAAAUCAUAUGAAACAAAAAAGUAG